AUGUAUAUUAAGUAUGUGCGCUUGAAAGGGUUUAGAACCUAUAAGGAACUCGCCGUCUUUUCGUUCUCACCGACAUACAACGCAAUAGUUGGACUGAAUGGAUCGGGAAAAAGUAACGUAUUUCUGGCAAUCAGCUUCGUGCUCGGAGAAAGCAUAUCGCAGUUUAACCGGGCGAAUUUUUUGUACAAAGGAGACGAGGCCUCCAUGUCUGAAGACUUCACGGCCUUCGCAGAGGUAGUGUUUGAUAUAUCGUCAGACAAAAACAUUUCGUCGUGUCUGAAUGACGCUAAGGAGCUGUGCCUGAAGAGAGUGUUCUCGGAGUCAAAGGAUGUGUACACGGUCAACGGGAAGAACAUGCGGCCGAAGGAAUACAGGCAGCUGCUGGAGAGCAUUAACCUGAUCCACUCCGAAAAAUCGCAAAGCAGCGACCUGCACUACGUGGUAAUGCAGGGCUCAGUGUCGAAGAUGGCAAGCGCGUCAGCAGAGGAGCGCCUGGGAGUGUUCAGAGAAGUGGCGGGCCACAAGUCGUUCGACCUGAAGAUAGAGGACUCGUUAAAAAUAUUGCAGGAGUCGACGAUAACAUAUAACAGCCUGGAGGGGCAGUUCCAGCAAGUGGCGAGAAAGUUGAGCGCACUGGAGUCGCAGCAGAAGGACCUGGAUAACUGGAAGGGGCUGGACACGAAGAGGAAGGUGCUGCAGUGCAACCUGAUGCUGCUGAAGGUGGAGGAAGUGGAAGGCAGCCUGAGGAAGGCGGCGGAGGACGAGGCGGAGCAGAGCAAGCUGGUCUCAGACCUGCAGAAAAAGUUCGACUUCCUGGACUCGCAGCUGAAGAAGCACAAGUCGUACCUGAAGUCGAUCUCGGAGAACAGCUGCGACGAAAAGUCAAACGAAUUGAACAACCUGCAAAGUAAAUACGACCAGAUAUCGAACGAGAUAAGAGGACUGGAGAGUGAAAUAACAGCAAUAACGUACAGCAACGAGAACUACAACAAGGAGCUGAGUGACCUGACCACGAAUAUUAGGGACACGAACACGUGUAUGGAAAAGCUGAGUCCGAGAAUGGCAACGGUGUCAGAAAGCAUAUCAAGAAUAGAAAUUGAAGUGAACGACUUGCUGUACAAAAAGGCGAACGCAGCAAAGAGUUCAGGACCAAUCAAGACGUCGGAGGAGGUGCAAACGGUUAUUAGUAAGCUGGAAAAGCAGAAGAAGUUCCUGAACCAGACGAUAAAAGACCACGAGAUUAACAACAAGAAGAUGCAGGAGUCGCUGCUGCAGUGCGAAAACGACCUGAAAAGGAUAAGAAACGACCUAUACAACAGCGAGGCCGCUAAGAACAGGAAGUUGGAGUCGUACGAGAGGCAAAGAGUGGAAAUGGAGUUGAGUUCAGAGAGCAAGAGGGCGAAGCAGAAGCAGCUGUCGACGGAAAUGCUGAAGCUUUCGAAGCUGAAGUUGAACCUGGUGCAAGCGCAGGAGGACUUUAAGAAGGUGUCCUUUUCGAAUCAGCAAAUACUGGAUCUGAUAAGCCUUUGGUUGAAUCAGGGGGGCAGAAGCAACGACAAUACGAAGAGCAACAAUACCAGCAGCAACAAAAGCAAUAGCAACAACAAUAGCGACAAUGGUGAUGAAAAUAUGACUGAUUUGACGUACGAGCACCUGGACCACAGUAGCUUCGUGGGCGUGCUGAUAGAUAUCAUAACGGUCAAGGACGAGUAUAAAAUAGCAAUAGAACAGGUGCUGAGGUCGAAGCUGUUCACAAUCGUGGUCUCAAACAUAGAGUACGCAAAGGCGCUGGUGAACUUCAUAGAGAGCAGGCGGAGUAGAUACACGACCAACAUAAGAAUCAUCUCGCUGGACUUGCUGAAUCAGGAGCCGGAAAUAAGGAGUGGGAGCAAGGAGGCAGAUGAAAGUGUGGUACCGCUGAAGGCUUGCGUCAAGUACGAUCCGAAACUGGAUAGCCUGAUAGACUCGCUGCUCAAAGACUUUAACCUGGUGCCAGAUACAGAGACGGCAAUAAAGCUGUUGUCGAAAAACCAGAAUUCAGUGACGAUGAACGGAGAAAUAGUAAGGAGUAGUUACGAAGAAUAUACAAAGAAUAGAUGUACAAAGGCAGAUAAGAUACCUAGGGUAUAUAGCAAACAGAUACGAGUGGUCAGCGUAACUAGAAAAAAUGACAAAACAGUCGAUAACUCACACUAUUUACAGUUUUAUCACAAUGGCAUCGUAUCGGGAGGCUACACGAAUUUGGGAGACUCGACGCUGUUGACAUACAAAAAAUUGAAAAACGCACAGGAAGAGUACGAUAGCACUGAGAAGAAGAUAAAGGUGUUAAACUCGGAGUUGGAUGAGAUAAAUAAGCUGCUGGAGGAUGUGAAGUUACGUUACAAUUUGACGAAAGAAGAGUACAACAGCGCGUUCGAACAGUACAACUCACUGACAAUAUCGUUAAAUAACUUAACAGACUUUGAGGAGUCACUGAAACUAAAAAUGGACGAAGAUAAGCAAACUGAAUUUAAAAAUCAGAUAAAAUUGAUCGAUGAUCAGAUUAACAGUUUUAAGGAGUCGUUGAAUGCAAAGAAGGACAGGAAGAGUAAAAGUGAUGACACGGAGCAAAUAGACGGGAAGCUUGAAAAGAACUACAGGAGUUUGGCUGCCCUGAAGAAUGAAAUGCUGAGUCUAGACGGAAAGAAACAGCAGCUGAAAAGCAGAUACGAAGAGCUGAGCGUGAAGAGAGCAGAUUUGUCCAAGAAGAUAAUAGUGAACACGCAAAUGCUGAACGACUACAAGCAUCACCUGGAGGAGUUGAAGCAGACGCUGAAGGAGGUGGAAACGGCAAAAAACAACGACAAAAUUGAAGAAGUUAAUCUGCAAAUAUUGAAGCUGGAAAAUGAAAAUAAAUCAAAUUAUUUUAAGUUGCAGCAGGAAACGAGUAAAUUGAAGUCAAUAGCACAGUUAAAGUCGUCAAUCACGCUCGCACUGAGUGAAUACAAAUCACAACUAAGUUGCAUGGACGUUAAAGUGAGAGAAAGCGCAAAGUUGAAUAUGAUUAAGGAGCGGAGUUUAGUGCUAGAUCAACUAGCACAAAUUAACAAAGAAUGCAGUUACCUGGACUACUCCAGCCACGUAUCCUCGAAGGACUGUAACGAUUUAAAGGACGAGUUUGAACAGCUGAGUAGUAGAAAGCAUCAAAUACUACUCUCGAAAGAGGAGAUAUACAAGUCAAUUAAGAAGCUGAAAACGGAAAAGGAUAAGAACUUGGUUGACCUGGUAGCGACGACUAACGGAAACAUUGGAGAAAUAUUUCAGCAGCUGGUCCCCAAUGGGAAAAUUAAGCUGCAUUUCAGCGGAUUGGACAUAAAGGUCUCGUUUAACUCAACUUCAGAAGAUGCACAAAUAAAUCAGCUGUCAGGGGGGCAGAAGACGCUGGUGUCAUUGGCGUUCAUUUUGUCGCUACAGAAGCUGAAGCCGGCGCCCUUUUACCUGCUGGACGAAGUUGACUCGGCGCUGGACGACCAAUACAGGAGCAAGUUGGCCAAGUUACUGGAAAAACAGGCCAAGGAAGGGUCCCAGAUAGUCGUAACGACGUUCAGGUGCGUUGGUAUGGCCUAUAGAUUAUUAAGGGAGCAACUGCUUAAGCCGGCUCAAGUGUUUUACGAGAUAGUGAACGAGGACGGAACCAGCUGCUCUAAGGAGGUCACACUGAACCGAGCAAUGGAGAUAGUGAAGCAGGAACCGGGGCCCGAUUACUCCUGGUCGCCGCCAAAAGUCGUUGACCUGGUCCGCAACGUACACAUCAACAGGACUACCCACAUAAGGGCGCCCUUCCACCACCGCAGAUACCCCUACGAGUUUAAAACGAAGGAAUAUUUUAAGUAUAAGGCGGGAACGGGUGUGGAAAUCAAAGAUACGGAAAAGCCUGCUAAAGAGGCGGACAAAGCCGAAAAAGAUAGCUCAGUUGAGCCCAAGAUGAACGUGGAGCUGAACCGAGUCAAGAGAGAGGAUCCGACUUACAGGCGACUUUUCAAUAAGAAAUCACUCAGGCAGAGGAUCUACGACGGAGAGGUGUUCUUCUACGACGACUACCUGGAGUACAAUAUCGCAAAGGACUACUGCCGCCUGUUCGGAAGACCGUUCGACAUCCCCAGGCAGGACUGGGGAGGAAAAAACUUUUACUUUGGGGAGAAAAUACCGGAUCCGAGGCUGGACGAGGAGCAGGUGGAGAUCCUGAAGAGGGACAGUAUAAGGAGCCUGGCCAAGGAUGAGGCCAACGAGGUGAGUGAGACUGACGCCCUGAUCAUGUCCUCGAAAUACCUGGACGACUUUAAGAGGAACGAGCUGCUGAGGGGGGAGAUUCCGAGCCUGUUUGAGGGCAGCGCCUCUGUGGUUAGGCAGAGGCCCAGGAAGGACUGCUGGGUCAGCUUCCACAACCUCAAGAACUACGGGCUCAUGAUCGACUCGGUGACCAAGUGCCCGCUCAUCCACGUUCAGCUGCAGUCUGCGUUCCAGGUCGGCUGGAACCCUCACCUCAAGAGCACCGUUCUAGACCAGGCUGAGGCGCCCGCCGACGACAAGGCCGUCGACCCGUACUCGGUGUCCGAGGAGCAGAUGGAAAAGGUGCGGGCUGCGUUAUCUGAGAAGAAAAAGGUCGUGGAGGAACCCCUGCCUGACAUAACAAAGCUGUUUAAGUCGAAAAGCUAUGGAAUCAACGAGAACUGCUAUACCAUCGGCGGAGGCCGGUACAGAAUCUGA